ACUGUCCUCUCCAUAUGAGGGCCAGUCCAGAGUGUUGUGUGCUCACCCUGGCACUAAAAAUACUCCGGGCUCUCCGUAUCGGGUUCCCGCUGAGUUAGCGGGCGAGCUCACAGAAGUUUAGGCAGCAGAAGUGUACUCUAUUCCCCCCGCGCUCAUCUCAAAAGCUGCCGGGGAAUGAUCGACGUAGAGGAGACUACUAUGGAGCAAGACACAGAGCCGGCCGCAGCUCCACCACCGCCUCCCCCGCCUGCUGCCAGUAAGAACGGGAAGAAGUCAGAGGGGAACUCCAUCUUCAGCUGGAUCUUUAUCUUGGCCCUUCUGGGCGUCUGGACUGGGGUCGGAGUGGUUUGGUUCGACCUUGUUGACUACGACACGGUUGUAGGUUCACUUUCCCCUUACGAUGUUGAUGGAGAUGGACGUGUGGGUCUCGAGGACGCCAAAGUAUUACUUGACAAGAAAAAGGCAAUCAAUGUGGCUAUUCCCAAAAAAGAAAAGACAGUGAGACUGCAAGCGCCCCCUGAGAAAACGGUAGAGGCUAUUAAAAAAGAGAAGAAACCGAAAGAGAAAGAAACUAUUGCUGAGGACUCGCCUGACCUUGACCUUGAAGAUGAAAAUCUCAGUCUGCCAGCCUACAGAGCCAAAGAACGUAUAACCAAAAACCUUGGGCGUAAACUGAAGUCCGCACUAAAGGAGCAGCUAAGAAUGAUUCACGAGAAGAUCGAAGCUAAAAAAAUUGCUAAAAUGGCUCUAGCUGAAGUACGCACCAUAUUGGCCCAAGAGGAGGAAGAGAGACUCGCAGCUCGAGCUCUAGAGCUGAAGACACAAGAAGCUGUCCUGAAAGAAAAGGAAGGAAAAGAGAAGGCGGAGAAGGAGAAAUCUGAAAAGGAAAAAGUGGCCAAGGAGGCUGCAGAGAAAGAAAGGUUAGCUAAGGAGAAUGCAGAGAAAGAGAGGUUAGAGAAGGAGAAGGCUGAAAAAGAGCAAGCAGAAAAAGAAAAGAUUGCUAAAGAGAAGGCCGAGAAAGAGAGACUUGCUAAAGAGGAAGCAGAAAGAGAGAGAUUAGCUAAAGAGAAAGCUGAAGAGGAGCGCUUAGCUAAAGAAGAGGCGGAAAAGGCGAGAUUAGCUAAGGAGAAAGCAGAAAAGGAGAGACUGGCGAAAGAGGAGGCUGAAAAAGAAAGGCUUGCCAAAGAGAAAGCUGAAAAGGAGCGUUUAGCUAAAGAACAGGCAGAGAAAGAGAGAAUUGCCAAAGAACAAGCAGAGAAAGAACGGUUAGCAAAGGAGAAGGCUGAAAAGGAGAGAUUGUUAAAAGAACAAGAAGAGAAAGAAAGGUUGGCUAAGGAGAAAGCUGAAAAGGAGCGCUUAGCUAAAGAACAAGCUGAGAAAGAGAGAAUGGCAAAAGAGAAAGCAGAAAAAGAGCGCUUAGCCAAAGAGCAGGCUGAAAAAGAAAGGAUAGCUAAGGAAAAGGCGGAAAAAGAGAGACUUGCAAAAGAGCAAGCAGAGAAAGAAAAACUUGCCAAAGAAAAGGCUGAAAAGGAGAGACUAGCCAAAGAACAGGCAGAGAAAGAAAAACUAGCAAAAGAGAAAGCUGAGAAAGAACGCUUAGCUAAAGAACAAGCAGAGAAGGAAAGGCUAGCCAAGGAUAAAGCUGAAAAGGAAAAACCUGCUAAAGAAUCAGCGGAGAAGGAAGGGCUAGCCAAGGAGAAAGCUGAAAAGGAAAAACUUGCUAAAGAACUAGCAGAGAAGGAAAGGCAAGCAAAGGAGAAAGCAGAAAAAGAAAGACUAACAAAAGAACAAGCAGAAAAAGAGAGGAUAGCCAAGGAGAAGGCAGAAAAGGAGAGACUAGCCAAAGAACAGGCAGAGAAAGAAAGGCUUGCGAAGGAGAAGGCAGAAAAAGAGAGACUAGCUAAGGAAAAGGCAGAAAAAGAGAAAAUCGCUAAAGAACAAGCAGAGAAAGAGCGGCAAGCAAAGGAGAAAGCAGAAAAAGAGAGGAUAGCCAAGGAGAAGGCAGAAAAGGAUAGACUAGCCAAAGAACAGGCAGAGAAAGAAAGGCUUGCGAAGGAGAAGGCAGAAAAAGAGAGACUAGCUAAGGAAAAGGCAGAGAAGGAGAGACUAGCCAAAGAACAAGCAGAGAAAGAGAGGCUAGCUAAGGAAAAGGCAGAAAAAGAGAGGAUAGCCAAAGAGAAGGCAGAGAAGGAGAGGCUAGCUAAGGAAAAGGCAGAAAAAGAGAGAAUAUCCAAAGAACAAGCAGAGAAAGAGAGACUAGCUAAGGAAAAAGCAGAAAAAGAGAGACUAGCUCAGGAAAAGGCAGAAAAAGAGAGACUAGCUCAGGAAAAGGCAGAAAAAGAGAGACUAGCCAAAGAGAAGGCAGAGAAGGAGAGGCUAGCUAAAGAACAAGCAGAGAUGGAAAAACUUGCAAAGAAGGCAGAGAAGGAGAAAUUAGUGAAGGAAAAGGCAAGCAAAGACAAAGCUGAGAAGGAAAAACCUGCUGAAGAGAAGGUGGGCAAAAAAUCAGAUAAGGACAAGGCAGAGAAAGACAAAAAUAAAGACGAUCAUAAAGGAAACGAAAAGAAGGGGAAGGGUGCCAAGGAAGAAAAGCUUAAUGUGCGCGAUCUUUUGAAACCAUCCAAAAAAUCUGAAAGCAAAAAAUAGGCCCUUGGAGAGAACAAUCGAACCUUCACAGAGCUAGCCUAUCUAAUGAUGGUGGAACUGGGCCAAGGGGCAGUAUGGGAUACCACAGACCCUUGAAAUGUUCUUUUAUCUUCUUGGGAGGUUUUUAAGUUAUUGGUUUGUUCGUAGCCUAUCAUGAAAAAUUGAAAAAUGAACGUAAAAAGGUGAAUUUUACCUCACAUCUACACAUCAUAGCUUUUUCUUUUGAUACUCCAGGCUUUCUCAUAGCUGAUACUAUGACUUGAUCAACACAGCGGAAUGACUUAAGAAUAUCAUAAUGUUCUGCUGUUGACCUGGUCUCCUAGUGGAAAUAUGAACACACAUUUGCCUCUAGAGGAGAGGCUGCAUCAAACUUAAUAGUCUUUACACAUUUGGUGAAUCAUCACAUGUAGUGGGUCAUACGUGCAUGGCUCAUGGGGAUGAUAUCUGUUGUGAGGAGUGUAAACAGUGGAGUGCCACAAUAUGUAGGCCUACAUUUUCAAUAGUUGUCCAGUAGCUGUUCAAAUAGCCUAUUAAGGUAGUUGUAGCCCUUGUAAAAAAAUGUGUGAACAUUUGGGCCUGUUCAGAUUAAAUUAAUUUAUUAGUGUGUGUCAUCUGUAAUCUUUUAUUGGAUGGUGCAUUUGUACAAAUUUUGGAUAGCAUUUUUUGAAAGCUACCUAGAGACUGCCGUACUUCUCAGCCAUUUGGAGUUGAGUGUGUUAAUGAUAUCACUGUAUUGUGAUUACAAACAAACAAACUUAAUCUUUCUCACCGUGCCUCUUUGUAGUACAGUGAAGUCUUUUUGAUUUAGGGGUUUUCAUGAGCAUGUUAUGUGUGGAAAAAGUUAAUUCCACCACAGUAGCUGACAUGAUUGACUCUGUCAGGUAAUUGGGUGUUUUUACUGACAUACAGUGUUGUAAAUUGUGUCUGUAAUAGUGUACAUAUUACUUCUUUUUUUAGCAAUCUGAAUUCCUCUUGAGUAACUUACUUCACGAUAAAGGUUAAGGCUUCACCAUAUCAGAUAGUUGUGAAACCAAACGGCAGUGGUAGGAAGUAUGGCAGUGUCAGCAGUGUAAAUACAGUAUGAUAUGAAUGUGACUUGUGGAGUGAAUCUCAUUGCAGCUUAAAUUGACAUUGGGAUUUUAGAGAGUUCUAAGUUCUUGGACAAUUUUAUCAAAUAUGUGUUAUUUUUUCUGAGAGAUUAUAUAAUAUAAUAUAAACAAAUGACUUUAAGGUAUUCCUUUGAAUGCAAAUUAAACUCUGCAGUUGGCCUAUUUGCCAGCUAAGAAUGGAAUAAAUGUCACAAUGUGCUGAGCCUUGUGGUAUCAGACCACUGUAUAAAGUAAUGAACAUGAUGGAAAUGCAUUUUUUAAAGGAGAACUUGGAAAGACUUGUGAAUUCAAUUAGAUGAUUCUUGAAUGAUUGUGGUCCUCAUUUUUAAUAAGAAGGUAGAGAAUGCGCGCACAUCAGUGGCACAGGUGCUGGACAAAAUAAAGUACUGUAACUGAAGUAAAUGAUAGAAGUCCGCAACACUGUUGAUGCCCCCAGUGAUUUAUUUGCACGAUGUUUCGGACCUUAGUCCUUUUUCAUUUUUAAUGAAACUUAUGGAAACAAAACCUUGCUUUACACCUUAAUGCCACAUCACAUUCUACUUUCAUAAUAAUAUACAUUUAUACUAUAAACUCUACACAUCAUAGUUUACAUACAAUAUGUCAAACAUUUUAUUUUUCAUUUUGACAUUAAAUUUCAUUUGAAAUGUACUGUGCUUCAUAUAACCUGAUUGCUCAGGACGGUAUUUAUAAAACAUUUUUUUUCAGUAUGAGUUACUUGGAGUAGAGUUAGGCGUCCUCUCUUUGGUUAUUGAUCUUGAAGAAUCCUGUGCCAUGUCAUGAGUGUUGUACUUCAUUUCAAAAGCAAUCUGGUGCUACAUCUUAAUGUUUUCAGGGGGAUGUACAUACGUCCCAUUUUUAUAUCGUGUUGAGCUUUAGCCACCUCUGUCCUUUGAGCCACUUUAUGAGCAUGUCUCCCUUGAAUAUCUUUUCAUGUUCAUACCUUUUUCAUUUUCAUUUUCUUUUCCCACUUUUCUUUUUUCUUUCUUUUCAUUUUGUCUUAUUAUUACCUUAUGUGUGUGUUUGUCAAUAGACCAAUGAUACACAACAUGUCACAUGAUCUGAAAACAAGACUCAGUCUGCAGAUAUUUGAUUUAAAUGUAUGUAAUGCAAUAAAAAGAAACGUCUUGACAAUGUACUGUA